UGGCGGGGCCCGCGGGGCGGGGCCGGAGCGGAGCCUCUCAAAUACCGGGAGAGGAGGCGCCGCCGCCGCCGAGCGCUCCUGCCCCGCUCCCGCAAAGUCAGACCCAGGAGAAGGGUCACUUCUGACCUGUUUCAGAACUCUGUCAGGUCCCAGAGAAGAGGACAGAGGGGACUGCACUCUCCCCAGCCAGCACUCUUUAGGGUAGAGGACAAGGAGUUCUGGUCUGAAGGGUGACAAGAGCUGCUCUGUCUCUCAAUCAAUCAUGCAACAGAGUUCCUGCAGGGGCCCUGACACUGCUCUGAACACAGAGGAGUGGAUGGAACUGUGUAGUUUGCAAGCUGCUUCCUUGUUAUCUCUCUGUGGCACUCCCCCUUGAAACUGCAGGCUGGAGAUGUAGCUAUAUGGAGCAUGCCCUGCUGUACACCUUCCUGGAGGAAUCCUCUGACUGCCAGUUCAAAGAGCAGCUGUGGUCCCUGGCACCUGUGUCUAACCAAGGGCCGAUUGUGCCUCGUCGCCAAGGGAGGACUGUGCAUUACCGAGGGUGGCUUGUGCCCCGUCGCCAAGGACCUGACGAUGACUCUGAACUCCAGUGUGACGGCAACCGGAGCGGCCGCCUGGAGAACGGUGAGCUAGAGGCUGACGCUCCAACGAACGAAGACGUUAUCCGGAUCAUCGCUGCUCAGCUCGCUGAGAUUGGAGACAAGCUGGACAAAGAUGUCCAAGGAAAUGUAGUAAAUGAUCUAGUGCAGCACUUUCUGAAUGAGAAUCUCUCCAGAGAGGAGAUAAUGCGGCACAUGUCAAGGGUAGUGAGAGAGCUUGCACAAGCCAUCCCCGCAGACAUGGAACAGGAGAGGGUCAUGUUGGUGCUAGCAAUGGUCUUGACUAAGAAAAUUGUGAAUACAGUGCCCUCUCUUCUACACCGUGCCUUCAGCGUCACUGUGGACUUCAUGAACCAGCAGUUCCACAACUACAUCGAUGAAAUGCUGGGUGAGUGAGCUCUCCUGCCCUCCACGUGGAGAACACGGAUUCUAGAAGACAACUUUUCUUGGUGUUUGCUUUUUAACUUCUGAGAUACUGUGGAAGUGUCUCAGUAUCUCCCACAGCUGUGAAAGGGAUGGCAGAGCUCCAUAGAUAGGUUUUUGUAGAUUAGCACAGCUCUGCCAGUACCUGCAGGGAGAAGUGCUUGCCCUUUUUAAUUUUAGGAUAUUUUUUUCAGGUUUUUUUUUUUUUUUUUUAGCAAUAGCAGAGUUUGUGCAGACCCUGGCUUAUACCUUCAGAGGCCCAGUGGGGGCAGGGCCUGCACCCUCAGUGUUUUUUCUAAUCAGCUGCAGCAUUUUGCUUUAGUUAUUCGCUUGCCAGCCCUGCUCUUGCAGCUGAGCCGUGCUGAGUGUUGCUCCCUGGAAGGCCUCAGGCUGUGAAAUGGAUGGUUGAUCAGUACAGAUCACAAGUGAUCUGUGGGGUGGGUGGGAAUCAGGCCUACCUUGAUGGGGAGCUGGCAGCAAGAGAGAACAGAGCCCUGAAGGACAGAGGAGUGUUUGGCCAGGUAAAGAUACUUCAGUAUCCAUCACCAUCCACCUGUGUUUGUUUGAAAAACAAAACUGAUGGAGUAACUGUAAAGAAAAAGGCAGGAGUAGGCACAGGGCAAGUUUUUUUUGAUAAUGCAACCUGGAUAUGCUUGAGAAAAAGUGAUAUAUCUAGUAAUCACAUCUCAGGUUCAACAAACUUGGACUCAGGUUGUUCGACACAUAAUCACACGAGGUGGCAAACGUGUCACCUGUGAUCCAGCUGCCUCAUGAAUUUUGAAAGUUUGUAAAUAUUUAGUGGGCUUUCUUAAAUAAAAAUGUCAUUUCUCGUGGCA